AGGCAAAUUUGAACCGUUUUAUCGUCACUGAGAAAGACGAAAUACUUAAUUUUCGUAUUGAAACUCAUUGGCUAAAAGGAAGCUUGUUUCUCCUAACAGAGGCAGCCAUGGACCCCAACACUCAAAGGCUGUUUGAAAGAGUUGCACAGAAACUGGGCUGGGACAAACCUGGUGCUUUGGACCGAGCAGCAGACGAGUUGACCAAAAAUUUGAAAAGCAGACAUGAUGCUGUUGCCAGUUUUGAGACUGAGUCUGCUGAGAGGAAAGAGUCUUUGUUUCUAUCAGAUAGCGACAGCUCGGAAAAGGAGAAUCGGCAUGAAGAUAAAAACAUGCCCUCAAAUGAAGCGCUAUUGGACUCCAGUGAUGAAGAAUUUAAUCAGAUUCUUGCGACUAAGGCUACACCUAAACCUGCUGCCAGACAAAUCUCAUCUGUCAAGGAAACAAGAGAACCAGCUCAGAUUAUCUCCUCAGAUAGCGAUGAUGGCUUUGAAAACUUUUUGAGACGUGUGAAAACCCCGAAGGCUAAACCAAGGCCUCAGUCUGUGAGCGGUAGUGAUGACAGCCUUAAACAUUUCAUAGUAGAUGACUUGUCUUCUGAUGAUGAUUUUGUUGUGGAGAAGAAGACGUCUAUUCCAAAAGCCAAGCUUAAGACUCCCAAGUCUAGCCUGAAGAAAGAGAAGCUCUCCAGUCAGUUCGACUCUCCAGUGUUUCUCAGUAACUCGGAUGAUGACAGCGACAUUGUGAUCAAGAGCACAUGGCGAACUCGGCACAGUCGCCCAUCCUCGCAGGACAAGGACGCUACCAUGAAAGAAAAUAAACCCAAAAAUGCCCCAUCUUUUUCCUCUCCUCUUGUUUCGGUCCACACACCCAAGCCCUCGUCAGCCCCUCCCACACAAAGUGGAUGGCGUGAGGACACGGGCAGCUCAGAAGACGAGUUCCAGUCCUUGCUGGACCGCAUCAAGAAAAAUCAAAAGUCUGGAAGCAGCACAUGCGCAUCUCCUAAACCUCUAGAGCCCAAGGCUGCAACAGCCUGUGUGACCCCAUCUGUUAAAGCACAAAAGGACAGUGGUGGACUUCCGGGAAAAGGGUCCCAGGUUACCAGAACUCCAGCACAGCUUCCUAUCAGCAGACCUGUGAGUCAGACAGAGCCCAGAGCAGGCCACAGCAGCAGAGUACCUGUGUGUAAAACACCAGGCUGUUUUCUGCAGUCGCUGUCUUUUCCUGAGUCAGUGUACUACCGCAACUUCAAGAUAAAGAAAGAGGAGCUCACCAGCAAACUCUACCAGCUCUAUAACACUACUGUUUUUGAAAGCAAGCUGCCCUCUGACAUGUCGAUCAAAUGGAAUACAAAGAUGAGGAAGACAGCAGGAUAUUGCAUCACCGGACUGGAAAAGGUCACUGGCGUACGAUACGCCCGUAUUGAACUAUCAGUCAAAGUCUGUGACUCUGCAGAUCGUUUAAGGGACACACUAGUUCAUGAAAUGUGCCACGCAGCCACAUGGCUUAUAAACAACGUGAGGGAUGGCCAUGGUCCUUUCUGGAAGGUCUAUGCACGGAAAGCCACCCUGGCUCACCCUGAGUUGCCCAUGGUGACCCGCUGCCACAGCUACGACAUCAAUUACAAAUACCAGUACCAGUGCAACCGCUGCAAAAACACGAUUGGCCGUCACUCAAAGUCUCUGGACACACAAAGGUUUGUGUGCGCACUGUGCACAGGGCAGCUUGUCUUGCUCACUCCGUCUAAUUCACGUGGCCCGACACCUUUCGCCACGUUUGUGAAGGAAAACUAUGGUACAGUACGGCAGGAGCUGGCUGGACAGAGUCACGCUGAGGUGAUGAGAAAGCUUAGUGCCGACUUCGCUAGCAAGACCCGCCUCAGUCAGAGCUGAUCUUUUUGUCAGACUUUCCCAGAAGUUUGCUGCUCCAGGCUCUGUUUUUUUUUCUUCCAUUAUACACAAAAAAGGUGAUUAGCAUCUUUUCUGUACUUGUGUACCUCAUCUGAAAUUGUUUGGGCAUUAUGGUUUACAUUCUUCUAUGAAGGAUUUCUUUGGCUAUUUCAGUUUUUUUUAUAUAUAUCAUUUUAGACUAGUUAAAUGUGUGUUCUUUCCAUGAAAUGUUUGGCUAAUAUUAAUAGUUGUAUAUAUUUUUUUGUAUUUGAAUCUUUAACUGUUUGUUUGUUAGUUUCUUUGUUUAAAUAAAGCAUUGUUCAUGAUUA